CUGACUGGCUCCAUCAGACGCACAGAUGAUGGAGCUCUCCGCGCUGCCGGGUUAUCCUGUUGCCACCAUUUCACACGCUCCCAUCCUGACACAUGUACUCCUACAAAUGCCGUGAUCAUUUUACAUGAAUUUUUUUUGGGGGGGGUGCCUAGAUGUUUUUGUUUCCUUGUCCUUCCUUCGCUUGUUCGACUUGGUGAGUUUGCAGACAUUUUAUGUGAAACGCGGACUGGUCGCAUCGGGAUUGUCUUUGUUUUUCCUGGAAAAGCGAACAAGAGUGGACUGAUGCUGCGUCGCUGGUAAACACCAGAAAUGGGUGGCAUCGAACCAGAGGUGGCAAUCCCGGUUCGUUCUUGGACCAGAUUUUGUGCGUUUUCUCCCGAUAAAACACCAAGCGAGCCAAAGCCUGACAUUCACAAGGUGCUCAACUGAACAGGCUCCCAGUCAAGGAAACAAAUGGUACAAUCAAUACCUAUUGGACAGAGUCUGCCAUAGGGAGGAUAUCAAUAACAGGCUAAUACACUUGACACACACACACACAAACACACACAUACACAUAUAUACACCAUGGCGCUGGAGAACUCGAUCUUCCCUUGCCGCCCGGACUCCCUUUCCCUUCCCGUGGAGGAGAAGGGGGAAGGGGAAGAAGAAGUGGAGGUGGCCACCGAGGCCACCGCCUCCACGGGAGUCUUCAACCUAUCGGAGGAGCUGGGUCACGUCGUUACCACGGAGACAACGCCACCCCCUCCAACCUCGGCCAAGGUCAAUAGGUCAUUCCAGUCCAAAAUGGCCGAGAGGGAGGCCAACGCCAAUCAGCGCAGGAAGAAGACCCAGGGGACAGAGAAGGAGCGGGGCCGCUUCGGCUGGGCCCGGAGUCGGCGUAAGAGGCAGCGCUACGUGGAGAAGAACGGCCGCUGCAACGUGCAGCACGGCAACAUGCGGGAGACGUACCGCUACCUGACGGACAUCUUCACCACGCUGGUGGACCUCAACUGGCGCUGCUCGCUCUUCGUCUUCGUCAUGGCGUACGCCGUCACAUGGCUCUUCUUUGGGGCCAUCUGGUACCUCAUAGCCUACUGCAGGGGCGAUCUGGACCAUCUGGAGGACGAGACGUGGACGCCGUGUGUCAACAACGUCAACGGCUUCAUCUCAGCCUUCCUCUUCUCCAUUGAGACGGAGACCACCAUUGGCUACGGCCACCGUGUCAUCACUGACCAGUGUCCAGUGGGCACCAUGCUGCUGCUGCUGCAAGCCAUACUGGGAUCCAUGGUUAAUGCCUUCAUGGUCGGCUGCAUGUUUGUGAAGAUCUCACAGCCCAACAAGCGAGCUGAGACGCUGGUGUUCUCCAAACACGCCGUCAUCUCUCUGAGAGACGACAAGCUCUGUCUGAUGUUCAGGGUGGGCGACCUGCGCAGCUCCCACAUCGUAGGAGCCAACAUGAGGGCCAAGCUCAUUAAGUCCAAACAGACCCAGGAGGGUGAGUUCAUCCCUCUGGACCAGACAGACAUCAGCGUGGGCUUUGAGACGGGCGAUGACCGUCUCUUCCUGGUCUCUCCGCUUGUCAUCUCCCAUGAGAUAGACGCCCGCUCGCCCUUCUGGGACAUGUCACAGACCCAGUUGGAGAAGGAGGAUUUCGAGAUUGUGGUCAUCCUGGAGGGAAUGGUGGAGGCCACUGGGAUGACGUGCCAGGCGAGGAGCUCCUACCUCGCAGAGGAGGUGCUGUGGGGUCACAGGUUCAGUCCCAUGAUGUCACUGGCCGAGGGCUUCUUUGACGUUGACUACGGGGCUUUCCAUCACACCUUUGAGGUGGACACGCCCUCCUGCUCAGCACGAGAGCUCUCAUUGGCUACAGCGAGACUCGAGGCUCACCUGUACUGGUCGAUCUCCAGCAGGCUGGACGAGGAGCCCACCCUAGAUAACCCGACAGGAAAGCAGCCGGACAGGGGCUCAGCCAACGGCAAAGGAGGGGCGCCAACCUUCAUCGUCGGAGAGAUGACCGACAUCCAGGAGCAAUCGGGGCUGGGCGAGCUGAACGGCAGCGUCACCACCGACCAAUCAGAAUCCGAGGCCUAGAUCAGAGAAUGUUUACAAAGACGAGGACCUACAGUAUAUCAUCACCAUAUGAUAGUGUGUUUUGAAAUCUUUUCUUUGCGGGGGAAAUGAGUGGUUCAAUUAGGCUCACUUCUACGUAUGCCAUAUCUUAUGUUACCACAUGACGGCAUUUAUUUCUUGGUAUUUUGUCUUUUUAUUUCUCUGUUGAUCUUUACUAUAAGUGUGUGUGUGCUAUCUCUUCAUGUUUCGUUGUGUUAGCUCCAAUCACCCUUGCCUAUAUCUACAUUUAAAUGACUAUGCUUUGGAUGGGGUUGACAACAGGAUAACCUGUGGACCAAGGCUGCAGGUUAAACAAAGAAUCUAUAAAGGUGGAAGGAACAAUAUGUCAUAACAUCAGUGUUACAAAUCUGCACUGGUGCCAGACUUUGAUGCCACUGAUACCGAAGUCAAUGGGACAGGCAAAUCCGUCCUGGAAAAUCCUACUAUAAACUACGACACCGCAGCCGUUUGCUCUCUGACUGAGAUUCAACUAUAUAACACAACACACAUUACAUAAUUCAGACUGGUGUUUUUUUUGUCUGUUGUGUGUAUUAGUUGUCCUUGUUACAGGUCUCAAAACAUCAGGCGUCUGUUCCACAGCUGCAUAAAGCCUAAAGUGAAUCCCUGUUCUUAGCCAUGCUAAUGUUAGCCACAUGCUAGUUUAAAAUGUACAAUCCCUUAUGUCAAAUAUGAGCUAGUUAGCACUAGACAUAUUUCUCAUAAUUCAAACACAUGGCUAGGGAACUAACCUGUCAAAAAAGACAUUAAUGGAGGGGUUGCAAAUCCAUUCAAAACAAUACACUGAUUUUUUUUUUGACACUGAGCACCAAGUAGGGCUACUCAGUGACGUAUUGUCCCUUCUUACUUUACACAUUCCUUGACGUUAAACAGGAACGAGUCAUUUGUCUUGAGAAUGUAAGCUACAUAAUAGAGGUGUACAUUGUUGGGCUAAAGGUUCUCUACAAGGUGGUUGUAUGUAUAGAGUCAAGUGUGUGGAUCGUUUACGUCUAGAUAGGUACCGUGCAUAGACGCUUUAUUUUCACCUGCGCAUGAAUAUCACUAGAUGAUAUUGAGGAAUAGACUGAAAUGGUAGUAACCUCAAAUUUCUUUAGAAACAAAGAUUGUUCAAAGAUUUAUUGUCCAUCCAGCAGGUAUAAACAGGGCAGGAAAUUAACAUCGGAACGCAUCCACUGGCACGUUUAUCUACGACACUAGACUCUUAGCCAUGUGGUGCUAGAAAACUGUUCCAAAAACUUAAUCGGCUGAUAAAAAAAGGGAAUGUGGCAGGGUGUGACUGCCGCUGUGGCCAGUGGACAAAAAUGUUAUUUUCCUGCCCUGGGUGUAAACAAUUUGUUAUUUUCUGGAGAUACGGAGUAUUAUGUUUGUUAAUGUUCUUAAUACUAAUGUGGAUUUGCUGACAUUCCUAACUGCACUCACACACUAUGGUGAAUAGGGUAUAAAAUCUAAAAAAAACCUUUAACAUAGAGACUGGUUUUACUCUCCUGAGUGUUUUUGUGGCGUUUUUUCCACGUAUGAUGUGUGUAGCACAAGGAAUAAUCUAUUUUUGUUUUCUGUCCCCUGCCGAGUAGAAAUUAAAAGCACAACAGUGUCCUGCUCAGUUCAGCCCAAUCUCUUGCUUCUGCUGCUGUGUACAUAUGUGAGCAUUUUUACUUGAUGUUUUUAAUAUUUAAUAUAACACAUCAACUAGAAUUAAUAAACUACAGUAUAUUCCA